AUGGGCUUACACAAGUUUUCGAGAAUUAAGUCGCAGAAGCAAUGGAUGCCGAUAUAUGAUUCAUCCUCAACACUUAUGGAUAUACCAAAAGGAUAUUUUUCUGUGUAUGUUGGUGAAAGUAGAAAGAAGAGAUUUGUAGUUCCAUUGACUUAUCUAAAACACCCUUCGUUUCAGCGUUUGCUGCAUCUUUCAGAAGAGGAGUUUGGCUAUGCUCAUCCUACGGGAGGUUUAACUUUCCCGUGCAAAGAAGAAACCUUUAUCGAAGUGACUCGUGAAAUAUAUAUAACAUCAUCAUCAAAUGUUAAUAGGAGAUGA